AUGGAUCCGUUGCAGCAGCCCGUCGCGGAUGCUCCUGCUGUUGCGGAGCCGCAACAGCAUCCUGUAGAGGAACAGGCGCCGGAGGUCCCGUCCGAACCUCCUCUUGAGCAGCCUCUGGAGCAGCCGUUGGAACAACCGGCAUCCGUCAGUGUCAGAGUCGAAGAGCCAGUUCCCGAGCGGGCUACCAGCCGUGUAGGCAUCGAUCAAGGCUACAACAGCGACUCCAAGGCGCACUACCACUCUCGAUCGACUGAUUUCCACCAAGCUGCUCCCGAAUACCCCCCUCAAGAUACAGAUCCAUCUGCUCGCCUCACUUCAUCUUCCUCUCUUGACCAGCAGCCCCAGCUGCAGCCCUCAUCACGCCCUAGCUCUAGCUUCUCAAGUGGCCCAGAAAGAUACGGUCUUUCUCAACAGCAGCCGUCUGAAGUCGCCCAGCGACAGGCGGCCCAGUCGCAGGCGGCGAAGAACAGCGUUGUCAUUAAGGUUGGCAUGGUUGGAGAUGCUCAGAUCGGCAAAACCAGUCUUAUGGUGAAGUACGUUGAGGGAAGUUGGGAUGAGGAUUACAUUCAGACGCUGGGUGUCAAUUUCAUGGAGAAAACCAUCUCGAUUCGCAACACAGAAAUCACCUUCUCCAUCUGGGAUCUUGGUGGUCAGCGCGAGUUUGUCAACAUGUUGCCCCUCGUCUGCAACGAUGCCGUGGCGAUUCUGUUCAUGUUUGAUCUCACCCGCAAAAGCACGCUGAAUUCCAUCAAGGAAUGGUAUCGCCAGGGCCGGGGGUUCAACAAGACGGCCAUCCCAUUCCUGGUCGGUACCAAGUACGACCACUUCGUCAACUUUCCUCGUGAGGACCAAGAGGAGAUCUCCCUUCAGGCCAAGCGAUUUGCGAAGGCGAUGAAGGCUAGCCUGAUCUUCAGCAGUACCAGCCAUAGUAUUAAUGUGCAGAAGAUCUUCAAGAUCGUUCUAGCCAAGGCAUUUGACCUCAAGUGCACCAUCCCUGAGAUCGAGAAUGUCGGCGAGCCUCUGCUGCUGUACAAGUCUGUCUAG